GCGAAGACAGAAAGCGUGGACCCUGGCUAACGCUUGGUAGCCAAGCAACGUUUCAUAGCUUCUUAUCGAAUGUGAAAUACAAAUAGGGAGCGAUUGGCUAUUACUAGUGAUGUCUAAAGUUAUUUAGUUUUAAGUUAAGUUAAGACCUGGUUAAAUUAUGCAGAUGCCUUUUGAGGCAAAGCGAUGUGGAGUGCAGUUCAGUCCUCCGUCCAUAGUUAUAAUUUAUGAACACAAGGAAACCAAAAAGGUCCGGAAAAGAGUAAUACCUGUGCGGAACUUCUCAAAAUAUUCUGACUGCAACAUGGCUGCUGAAAGGCUGAAGAAUCAUCCUCGGCACAGGGACUACCUGGAGGCUGUGACACAGAGUCAGCUGGAGAAGCUUCACAUCAUCCUUAAAGAUCAUAUGCAGGGCUUCAGCCUGGUGCACAGCCUGGCCUCAUUUCACCUCGACCCUGAUGAAGACCUCAACAAACUGAGUGAUGAGGAACUAGCCCGCAAGAAGGGCCAAAUGGAUAAACUAUUUGAAAAGAACCGCCGGCACACAGCUGAUCCGAACUUUGUUUAUGAUCUGGAGGUUGAUUUCACCAAGCCCACCACAGACAGGUGUAGCUGGGAUGAUGAGUCUGAUGAUGGAUUUUAAACCUGCACUUUUACAAACAUUCGUCUCCUCAGUUGGUAUUUAUCAUCCUGGAUGUAAACACCCCAUUGUAAAUAGAAUUUAGUGGUGAAUAAUAAACCAAUUCUCACUAAAUAAUAUUGCACAGUUGAUUGUUUCACAUAUACAUUCUAAUCCAUUUUACAACGAAAAAAACGAGGCAAUGCAUGGAUAAUGGUGAAUAUUUAUUUGUUAUAAAAUACUUAAUUUUAAAAAAUACAAA